GACGACACAAAGCCCCGCAGUUUGUGGACUUUCUGGUCCCUGGUUGCGCGCGCAACGCGGUGAUGACGUUGGAAACUCCCCCGUCUGACGUCACUGAUAGGUUGGCCCAUUACAAACCCAGAUGGCGCGGGCGGGCACCCUCUGUAGCUUCGUCGCGGUUCGAGAGAACACAGUGAUUUAGCUGCUCCUACUGCUUUCAUAGCAAAUCCUGUUUCGCAGACGCUGUAAAGCUUUCAGUAUCAUCUCCGAGGAAUUAUUGUGGACUUCUGCAAGAUGCCACGCGGGAAAUCCCACCGUCGUGCACUCGCUGCUUCGCGCAGGGAGGCUGCGAAGAAGGCAGACACACAGAUGUUGGAGUAUCGCAGGGGGCUCCCCCCUGACUUUGUUGGAUGGGAGGGCACUGGGAUGCGCCACAGGGUUCGCAAAUGGCCUAUUUCUCCCCACACCAAUAGGCAGCACAAACUGGUCAUUCCAGCUGUUGCUCCUGGCAACAAGUUUGUUCUUGUGGUUGGAGACAGUCAUUUGCGUGCUUUCGCAGAUGACUUUGUGGCCAUCCCACCGGGAAUCCUCUCCUUUGGGUUCAUGUCUACUCCAGGCGCAUGUGCUGCUCAGCUGAGGACAGAGUUGGUGCAGGCUCCACUCCCGUGUGUUCCUGAUGUUGUCUGUGUCCUUGCUCCCAGCAAUAACCUCACCGCCAGCCGGACGUCUUGUGAGGCUGGGCAGGCCUUUCACGCCCUCCUCCGAAGUGCUUGUGAACUCUUUCCUGACGUGUUUGUCUUGGACUUUGUUCCACGUCUGACAGUUGCGCCUGACGUACAGGAAGCGUUUCGUCAUGAGUUCCACAGAGUGGCAGCAAGGAUAGGUCUCAAGUACUACUCCUAUUCUGACAAGUUCCCCCUGAACGAUCGCUCUCUGUGGAGCCGAGAUGGCAUCCACUUGAGUGACGACCACGGCAUGCUUGUCCUCACUGACGUGCUGUGGAAUGCUGCUUUGGAGCAUGUGCAGUCGUCAGCGGCUACCCAGCUGCAGCCUGCUGCUGUGCCGGCUCGUCCUGCAGUACCAUCUCCUCCUCGGGUCCGGCCACUUGUGGUUGUGCAUCAAGACGACCGUGUGCGUCGCCAGGAGAAACCUAAACCUCUUCCGGAUGUUGAUGGAUUCCUGCCAGUGGAGGGCAGGAAGAGGAAGACAUCAGGGGAAGCUUCCUCAGGUGUUUCCCAGAGGACGGCACAAGAGCAGGCACCUAUACGACUUCGCGAGUGUUUUAUCGCCCUGAAUCCUGUACGGUUUAGUGAGUCCAUGUUGGCCAGGAUGGACGUGCUUGUGCCGUCCCAUCUGCCUGGCCAUGAGGGUCUUCCUGGUCCACAAGCCAAGAGGGCCCGAUCGGGACCUCGGCCACAGCGAGUUGCCUCACAGAGGAGAUCUGCUAAACGCCAGGAGUCGGCACCCGCCCGCCCGGUUUACGAGUUGGCAGAGAUGUCCCCUGACACGCCUGCUGCCUCAGAGGACCAGGUUCAGGAGCUGGCACCCUCCCUGCUGACAGAGUUGCCAGAGAUGUCUGCUGGCCAGCCUGCUGAUGUGCGUGACAACCAGGACCAGGCAGCGCCUGCCUUGGUGUACGCUAUCCCCAGGACAACACCUGCCACCGCUGAGGUUGACAAGCACCUCUGUGACCGCAAGACACACGCUGCUCCUCCACUUGUGAUCCGUGCUGCUGCUGCUGGGCCCUCUACAGGUCACGUGAGCAAUGACAGUGUCUUUUCUAUUGUUGAAGGGUCAUUUCAUCAGGGUGCUGAAUUCCUUGGUAGCAACAGAAACAAGCAGUGUGCCACAAACAGUAUUUCAGCCAUGAUGACACAUGUUAAAAAGAGCUUGCUAAUCUGGGAUAAAGAUGAUGUCGACGACAUUUUGUUUGAGGGUAAUGACAUGUACAGUUACAUGUUGCAGCAUAAUAUGAUAAGUGCUUCUAAGGGGAGUGGUUAUAUUUUGGUUAAUGAACUGCCAAAACAGUAUGACAUAAAAAAACAAAAAUUUAAGAUGGAGUACUUGCCGACACUGACGGGAAUAAUUGGCGUUGAUGUAUAUGACCCCGCUGUACAGCAGUUCGCAAUGCCUUUGGAUGUAGCAUUUCAGACAGCGCUAAUUCAAGCAGACGCAUGUCUGCUGAACAUUAGAAGUAACAUCUGUGCCGUCUUUAAAGUAGGACAGACUGAUUCAGAAAACACAAUUAGGUUUGCCGUGUUUGACCCACACGCUCGCAGCAGUGGAGGGGCUUUGGAUGUUGAUGGAACAAGCAUGCUGUCUCUUUACAAUAACUUGGAGUCAUUGCACAAACACAUCAUAAGUCUUGUAAACUCUUUGUAUACUGAUGAUCUCACUAGUCUCAAAAUAUUUGAAGUAACUCCGGUUACUGUUUCUGUGGUUAGGAUCCCGAGUUGUCCUGAAACUGCCUUUGAAGAUAUUGACCUGAUGCAGCUGAGUGGAGACUGUGCUGCUGCAUGUGCAGACAUAGUCUCUGAGGUUAACACUGUAUCAAUUGUUAAUAUGGAUCAAAUGCCAGUGGAUGGAGAUUGCGUUGACAGACAUGGGUGCACUGUCAGUCAAAAAGGUAGAAAGCAGAAGAUUCCAAUGGCAACAUCAAAUAAGGUUAAUAGCAGUGAGUUUAAUUCAGAUGUUGUAUUUGUGAGUGUCACAAGUAAAGAACUGCAGUUUAAUCCUCUUUGUAAUGAUGUUGCACGAGCUCUGUGCACACAGCUGAAUGUAGUGUCAGAGAAGGUUGAUGUAGUACUUUCUUCUAACGUUGGUGUGUUGGGGGCUCCGUGUAUGAAUGAUAAAAUAGUUGGUGAUGGUAACUGUUUUUUUAGGGCAGUCAGUCAAGCUGUGUGUGGCACACAGAAGUAUCACAGAAAAAUUAGACUCGCUGUGGUUAAGCAAUUGGAAAGCAACGCUGUGGCAUACGAGAGCAGUUUGGAUAGUAACUACUCCUCAAUGGCAGAAUACCUCAGCAUGUCAAAAAUGCAGUAUGUGAACAGAUGGGCAACACAAGUGGAGAUUCAAGCAGCAGCGGAUUGGUUAGGAGUAAAUAUAUUCACAUACUGUAAUAAUCGCUGGUAUGAGUAUAGUUGCAAGAAUAGACAGUUGUCCAAUCAGGGAUUGUAUUUGGAAAAUUGUAAUGAUAACCAUUAUGAGAAUGUAGUUUGUGUUCAGCAGCCGAACACGCAGAGCUGUUAUGGUUACUGCAAAGUGACUACGAUUUCUUCCAGAGGAUAUAAUGUAGAGGCAGGCAGGCAGGCAGGUAGAGCUCAAAGUAGUUGUAGCAGUAAGUCAGAGGUCCAGACACAGAGUACAGCAAAAGUUAAUAAUCGUAUUUCUAAGUAUUUGCUAAAGAAAAAGAGAUUCCAAAUGAAAAUGAUUUACCAGGAGCAUAGGGAGAAGGUUAUUGGAAGGAUUAAGAGUAAGUAUCAUCAAGAGAAGCCGUAUAGGGAGAAGGUUAUUGGAAGGAUUAAGAGUAAGUAUCAUCAAGAGAAGCCGUAUAGGGAGAAGGUU